CUCCCAGUGAGCACUACUCCUUCUCCCCUCCUGUUGGACCCGGGAGUGGCACUUCCUUCUCCACAGCAGGAGACGGAGGGAUCAGGGGGGUUAGGGUCUGGGAGUCGAUCAACUCUUACAUCACAGGUCUCCAGGUGCGCAAUGGCUUCUCCUGGUCCAACGUUUUUGGUCGCACACUUGGAGAUGCACAGGAGCUGGAACUAUAUGAUGAUGAGUACAUUAUUCAGAUCUCUGGCAAAUACAUCACCUCCUAUAUCUAUCAGCUGAUCUUUGUGACCAGUACAGGGAGAUCUCUGAUAGUUGGCCAGCCCACACAUACCUCUUUCAACUUCUACCCGAUCCACUAUGGUUGCGAGCUAAAAAUUCUGAGUGGUCGCUAUAUCACCUCAGGGAUCAAGUCUUUGGGAGCUCACUGGGGAAGUCGGAUGAUAUCGACCAACACUUCAGUCCACGACUACUGACUACUAACAACAGUCUU